UAUAUAUCCUGCCAUCGACAUCUUACAAAAUAGUACAAAGCAAAACAUUCGAAUGGCGUCCGGCUUCGCCAUUGUAACACCAGCCUCACGAGGCCUGGGGUUCGCCUUUGCGCGACAAUUGCUGGCCCAGACCAACCUCCCAGUGAUCGCAACCGCACGAAGGGACUGCGACAAGGUGCGGUCAGAGCUCAUCAACGAUGUGCCUGCCUCCCAAAAAGCAGACGAGAGACUACAUGUAUUCAAGGCCGAUGUGACCGAUGAAUCGGCCAUUUCGUCCAUGGUGUCCAGAAUACAGGAUAUACACCCUGACACCCAGUUACGGCUGGCGAUAACCGUGCCCGGUACACUCCACGUGGAAAAGACACCGUCGCAGAUUGAUUACUUGAAAGCUCUAGAUAGCUUCAAGACCAAUUCCCUUGCUCCUAUGUUGCUAAUGAAGCACCUCUCCCCACUUCUACCAACCAAGUCAGCGGGCCCAUUCUCGGACACUUCGUCUUCUCCUUCACAUCCAGAGGGCUCACUUCAACUACCAACACAUGCAGUCUACGCAAUGAUGGCCGCGCGGGUGGGGUCUAUAUCAGAUAACGCAACAGGAGGGUGGUACUCCUACCGCGCCAGCAAAGCAGCCGUCUUUCAGCUAGCGAAGACGUUCGACUUGCAUCUGCGCACCCGGAGUAGAGAUCGUGCGUUGGCUCUUGCGAUGCACCCGGGGACAGUGCAGACUGAUUUCACGAGGAAUUAUUGGGGAGGUCGAGAUAUGCUGCAGCCCCACGAGGCCGCGGACAGAUUGCUUCGGGUGAUCUGUGCAAUGGGGGCUGGUCCUGAUGAGGGAAGGGGCAGAUGCUGGGACUGGAAGGGGGAGGAGGUUUUGCCAUGAUUUUCUGUUGAUACAGCUGUGGGGCGAGUGUUUCAGUUCGAGGGAGAUCAACGAUGUAUAGUUUGCCCCGUGUUGGUUUCAGGCUCGGUAGACAAUCACCUCAGCACGGAUGCCCUCAAAAUCGAGCUCCGUGGUCUUGGUCCCUUGUCUGUGACUAGUUCGUAGAAUUGGGUGGCUGUUAUAUUGAAGACACGAGAACGUGCGCCUGGUAAUAUUUUUGUUUGACAUUUAUAUCUCAUCCCUAUAUUAGUGGGCCACUGUUGGUAACACAAGUAUGUCUGACUCACUUGGUCUAUAGCACUGCAUAUGCUACUAAUUUGAUACACU